UGAAGGUGGCUGCGGCGCGGCAGCGGACUCAGCUGCGCCGGGCGGGGGCGGCGCCGGGACCGCGCCUGUAGGACCUCGGGGCCGGCGCGGCGAGAUGGGGCCCCGGCGCGGGGAGUGAGGCGGGCGCGACGGCGAGCGGAACUUCAGCCGGAGGGGCUCUCCUGCUUCCCCCUCUGGCUCUUCGGCCUCCACCUGCAGCCCCUCGGCCCCCGCGUCCCGCGGGACCGGGACGGCAACGGCGGGGGCAUGUGGCGCUGGGUCCGGCAGCAGCUGGGUUUUGACCCACCACAUCAAAGUGACACAAGAACUAUUUACAUAGCCAACAGGUUUCCUCAGUAUGGCCUUUACACACCUCAGAAAUUUAUAGAUAACCGGAUCAUUUCAUCUAAGUAUACUGUGUGGAAUUUUGUUCCAAAAAAUUUAUUUGAACAAUUCAGAAGAGUGGCAAACUUUUAUUUUCUUAUUAUAUUUUUGGUUCAGCUUAUGAUUGAUACACCUACCAGUCCAAUUACCAGUGGACUCCCGUUAUUCUUUGUGAUAACAGUAACUGCCAUAAAGCAGGGAUAUGAAGAUUGGUUAAGACAUAACUCAGAUAAUGAAGUAAAUGGAGCUCCUGUUUAUGUUGUUCGAAGUGGUGGCCUUGUAAAAACUAGAUCAAAAAACAUUCGGGUGGGUGAUAUUGUUCGAGUAGCCAAAGAUGAAAUUUUCCCUGCAGAUUUGGUGCUUCUGUCCUCAGAUCGACUUGAUGGUUCUUGUCAUGUUACAACUGCUAGCUUGGAUGGAGAAACUAACCUGAAGACCCAUGUGGCAGUUCCAGAAACAGCAGUAUUACAGACAGUUGCCAAUUUGGACACUCUUAUAGCUGUGAUAGAAUGUCAGCAACCAGAAGCAGACUUGUACAGAUUCAUGGGACGAAUGAUAAUAACUCAACAAAUGGAAGAAAUUGUAAGACCUCUGGGGCCAGAGAGUCUCUUGCUUCGCGGAGCCAGAUUAAAAAACACAAAAGAAAUUUUUGGUGUUGCUGUGUAUACUGGAAUGGAAACUAAGAUGGCAUUAAAUUACAAGAGCAAAUCACAGAAACGAUCUGCAGUAGAAAAGUCAAUGAAUACAUUUUUGAUAAUUUAUCUAAUAAUCCUUAUUUCUGAAGCCAUCAUCAGUACUAUCUUGAAAUAUACUUGGCAAGCUGAAGAAAAAUGGGAUGAACCUUGGUAUAACCAAAAAACAGAACAUCAAAGAAAUAGUAGUAAGAUUCUGAAAUUUAUUUCAGACUUCCUUGCUUUUUUGGUACUCUACAAUUUCAUCAUUCCAAUUUCAUUAUAUGUGACAGUUGAAAUGCAGAAAUUUCUUGGAUCAUUUUUUAUUGGCUGGGAUCUUGAUCUCUAUCAUGAAGAAUCAGAUCAGAAAGCUCAAGUCAAUACUUCUGAUCUGAAUGAAGAACUUGGACAGGUCGAGUAUGUGUUUACAGACAAAACUGGUACACUGACUGAAAACGAGAUGCAGUUUCGGGAAUGUUCAAUUAAUGGUAUAAAAUACCAAGAAAUCAAUGGUAGACUUGUAUCUGAAGGACCAACACCAGACUCUUCAGAUGGAAACUUAUCUUAUCUUAGUAGUUUAUCCCAUCUUAACAACUUAUCCCAUCUUGCAACCAGUUCCUCUUUUAGAACCAGUCCUGAAAAUGAAACUGAACUAAUUAAAGAACAUGAUCUCUUCUUUAAAGCAGUCAGUCUCUGUCACACUGUGCAGAUUAGCAGUGUUCAGACUGAUGGAAUUGGUGAUGGUCCCUGGCAAACCAACUUUGCACCCUCCCAGUUGGAGUACUAUGCAUCUUCACCAGAUGAAAAGGCUCUCGUGGAAGCUGCUGCAAGAUUCGGCAUUGUAUUUAUUGGCCAUUCUGGAGAAACUAUGGAAGUUAAAACGCUUGGAAAACUGGAACGGUACAAACUGCUUCAUAUUCUGGAAUUUGAUUCAGAUCGUAGAAGAAUGAGUGUAAUUGUUCAGGCACCUUCAGGUGAGAAACUUUUAUUUGUUAAAGGAGCCGAAUCAUCAGUUCUCCCGGAAUGUAUAGGUGGAGAAAUAGAAAAAACAAGAAUUCAUGUAGAUGAAUUUGCUUUGAAAGGGCUAAGAACUCUGUGUAUGGCCUAUAGAGAGUUUACACCUAAAGAGUAUGAGGAAAUAGAUAGACAUUUAUUUGAAGCCAGGACUGCCUUGCAGCAACGGGAAGAGAAAUUGGCAGAUGUCUUCCAGUUCAUAGAGAAAGACCUGAUAUUACUGGGAGCUACAGCAGUAGAAGACAAACUACAAGAUAAAGUUCGAGAAACUAUUGAAGCAUUGAGAAUGGCUGGUAUCAAAGUAUGGGUACUUACUGGAGAUAAACAUGAAACAGCUGUUAGUGUGAGUUUGUCAUGUGGACAUUUUCACAGAACCAUGAACAUCCUUGAACUUAUAAACCAGACGUCAGACAGUGAAUGUGCUGAAAAGUUGAGGCAGCUUGCCAGAAGAAUUACAGAGGACCAUGUUAUUCAGCAUGGUCUGGUGGUGGAUGGGACCAGUCUGUCUCUUGCACUCAGGGAACAUGAAAAACUAUUUAUGGAAGUUUGUAAAAAUUGUUCAGCUGUAAUGUGCUGUCGUAUGGCACCACUGCAGAAAGCAAAGGUAAUAAGACUGAUAAAAAUCUCACCUGAGAAGCCUAUAACAUUGGCUGUUGGCGAUGGUGCUAAUGAUGUAAGCAUGAUACAAGAAGCACAUGUUGGCAUAGGAAUCAUGGGUAAAGAAGGAAGACAAGCUGCAAGGAACAGUGACUAUGCAAUAGCUAGAUUUAAAUUUCUCUCCAAAUUGCUUUUUGUUCAUGGUCAUUUUUAUUAUAUUAGAAUAGCUACCCUUGUACAGUAUUUUUUUUAUAAGAAUGUGUGCUUUAUCACACCCCAGUUUUUAUAUCAGUUCUACUGUUUGUUUUCUCAACAGACAUUGUAUGACAGCGUGUACCUGACUUUAUACAAUAUUUGUUUUACAUCCCUGCCUAUUCUGAUAUAUAGUCUGUUGGAACAGCAUAUAGACCCUCAUGUGUUACAGAACAAGCCCACUCUCUAUCGAGACAUUAGUAAAAACCGUCAACUAAGCAUGAAAACAUUUCUUUAUUGGACCAUCUUGGGUUUCAGUCAUGCCUUUAUUUUCUUUUUUGGAUCCUAUUUUCUAAUAGGGAAAGAUACAUCUCUGCUUGGAAAUGGCCAGAUGUUUGGAAAUUGGACAUUUGGUACCUUGGUCUUCACAGUCAUGGUUAUUACAGUCACAGUAAAGAUGGCUUUGGAAACUCAUUUUUGGACCUGGAUCAAUCAUCUUGUUACCUGGGGAUCUAUUUUAUUCUAUUUUGUAUUUUCUUUGUUUUAUGGAGGGAUUCUCUGGCCAUUUUUGAGCUCCCAGAAUACGUACUUUGUAUUUAUUCAGCUCCUGUCAAGUGGUUCCGCUUGGUUUGCCAUAAUUCUCAUGGUUGUUACAUGCCUAUUUCUUGAUAUUGUGAAGAAAGUAUUUGACCGACAGUUUCAUCCUACAAAUAUUGAAAAGGCACAGCUUACUGAAACAAAUUCAAGUAUCAAGUGCUUGGACUCCAUGUGCUGUUUCUCAGAAGGAGAAACAGCGUGCGCAUCUGUUGGAAGAAUGCUGGAACGAGUAAUAGGAAGAUGUAGUCCGUCCCAUGUCAGCAGAUCAUGGAGUGCAUCGGAUCCUUUCUAUACCAACGACAGGAGCAUCUUGACUCUCUCCACAAUGGACUCGUCUACUUGUUAAAGGGGCAGUAGUACUUUGUGGGAGCCAUUUCAACUCCUUUCCUAAAAUUCAGUGUGAUCAUCCUGGUAAUGGCCACACUACCUCUGCGGAAUUACUUUCUGAAAUCUCUGGAGUAGUUCAUGCCCACUCAGAGUUAUAAUGGCAAACAAACAAAAAGCAUUACCAUGCACCCCUGUCAGCCGCCCUCUUAAUUUAAAUCUGAACAUGUUAAAAUUUAUGAAUAAAGAGACAUUUUCAUCUCUUUAUCUGGGUUGUCCCCGUGUGCUUACGGGACUCCCAAUGGCAUUUCAGCCUUUUGCUAAGGCCACUAAAUAUUUUAACAUCAAGGUAGAAAAGGGAGCUAAUUCCUAGUUAAUUGUAUUUUUUAGUAUGGCUUGGUUAUUGAGUCUUCUGUUUAAAUCUGCCUCUAUAAAUUAUGCUGAAAAGUUUGCCUUGAAAACUCUAUUUUUUUAUUAGAGUUAUAUUUGAAACUUUUCAUGGGAAAAGUUAAUGUGAAUAGUAAGGAAUUUGGUCCCUCAGUGACCCAUGUUUGUUCAUUCAUUAGUGCUUUCUAAGUUCACAGAGCAAAUUAGGAGAAUGCAUUUCCAACCAUUAUUUACUGCAGUAUGGGUAGUAAAUAUAUACCAGUACCAAAACUUCUCUAAAUGUACUGUAACACAACCAGUUAAGUUAACCAUAUACAUGCAAAGGGUAUAUCAUAUCUUACCUAUAAAUCAGGAAUCAAGUCCAUUCACCAAAUUUCAAAUUGAUGUUUACUAUUUUUGUGACAAUGUAAAGAACCUAUAGUGGGUAAAUUAGACACCAUUAGCAUAUUAUUAUUUAAUGUGUUUAUCAUUGGAUCUUUCGCAUGCUUUAAUCUGGUUAAUAUAUUUAAAUUCGCUUUUUUUGUCUAUCUGAAGGCUCUGUGUAUAGUAUUUUACGACACUGUUGUAAAUUCAACUAUAAUCAAUAAAAAACCAGUUUGAAAACUA